UAAGUAUAAAAGGAGUACUCUCUGAAAUAACAUCAUAGUCGAAGGAAGCAUUCAACGAACGUAAUAAGAAGUUAAGAAAUUCAUGAUGUCUCGUUUAAUUUUUGCUUUAUUCGCUAUUUUGGUAAUCUUCUCUGCCUCUCAGUCUUCGGCUGACGCGAAAUGCCCCGAAAAUGAAGUUUGGAAUUCGUGUGGUUCAGCUUGUGCACGAACCUGUAAACAGCCUAAUCCCAUUUGUACCUUGCAAUGUGUUAGUCGUUGUCAGUGCAAAGGAGAUUUGGUCAGAAAUAAUGACGGAAAAUGCAUUCCUCUUAAAGACUGCUAAUUAUCUCCAGAAAAAAUUGUAUACCUUGGACACGAUGUUAAACUAUAUUAACUUAAUUGCUUCUUUCAAAUUUAUCACUUGUGAUCUAACAAAAAUCGAAUUAUACUUGCUACUCUGUUUGACUUAUGUAAUAUUGAAAUGAAAGUUUUGUUCUCAAUUGUAUUUUCGUGCUUUCUUCUUAACCCUUUCAUGGAUACAUGGAAAUCUUGGAAUUUAAUCCUUUGCGGACGAAACACUUUUCAGCUGGAAAUUAUGCGUGCAUGGCAUAUUUUCUACUUAAGAUAAAUUAGAUAAUAAUUUUUCUUAUCAAAAUACAAACUGUGAAUUUAUAAUGUGUACACUCAUAAUUUUUAUUUGUGUCAAGAUAAUAAGAAUGAUUUUCCUUGAGUACGUAUCUAAGUCUAUCGACCCCAAGGAGUUGAAAAAAAAAACAAAA